AUGGCUCACCUCGCCGCACGCAAGUUCAUCUCACCGGAUUCCGGGUUUCCCAUCACUCUGCAUCCUAACUUCAAUCCAAAGAUCAAGGAUCAUGUGCCCCCUGAACCAAUUCGUCAAGAAUUCCAACCAGCACCCGAUCGAGCAUCAUUCGCGGACCCUGAGAAGAAGGCUCUUUUUGCCGUGGCAAAGCCUGUUGAUUUGACAGAAUCGCUGGGCACAUUACUGGAAAAUGUCCAAUUGUCGCAAUUGACUGGCCAGCAGCUCGACGAAUUGGCCUUAUUGGUUGCUGAAAGAGGUGUCGUAUUUUUCCGUGGUCAAGAUCUGACCACAGAGGGCCAAGUCAAGCUCUUUGAGCAUUAUGGCACACUGGAUAGACAUCCCGCUCAAAAGGAUGUCAAGCAUGUCAUCAUCAAGGGGAGUACAGAAGAUCACCGUGAACUCAACAAGUAUACACCUUGGCCGUCAGGCGAAUGGCAUGCUGAUACGUCGUUUGAAAUCAACCCUCCGUCUUAUUCUCUGCUAAGAAUGGAAGAGCAUCCUCCUGUCGGCGGAGACACUGCAUGGGUCUCACAAUAUGGACUAUACGACGCCUUGAGCGAUGCUUAUAAGACAUUCGUCGAAGGGUUACAUGCUGUACACACAUCUCGACUUCAAUACGAUACAAUUCUUGACCUCUGGCAAGCUGGUCCCAACCGUCCACCAAUCGACACUCAUCAUCCAGCUGUCCGCACGCACCCAGUAACUGGACUUAAGGCCUUGAACGUCAAUCUAGGAUUUGUGACUGGGUUUGCUGAAUUGAAGAAGAAGGAAUCUGACAAACUUCUCGAAUUCUUCGAAUUGCAUCUCCAUUCCGCCGACGAUCACUAUGUGCGAUUCAAAUGGGAAGUGGGCAGUGUUGCAUUCUGGGAUAACAGAGCCACAGUCCACCGCGUGAUUCCCGGAACAUAUGAGGCACCUAGAAGGGGUAUUCGAACCACGGUGUUUGGCGAGAAACCAUACUUUGACCCCAAAUCCGAAAGUCGCAACCAACGUGCUCAGCGACUGAACAAAUGA